GCACAGACUCACGCUUGACCCCAACGCAGUCUUACGUCAGCCAGUUGUGUCAUUCUGCGGGUUUGGUGAAGUUGUCAUGGUUCACAACUCCAGUCAGAUGUCUUCUCAGUCAGCAGAGCAAGGGGGUGGGAAGCAAGAACUACCGAAAGAGAAGGACUUCAAGACUCCUGGGCUGAGGGGAAUACAGACCACUACCCUCUUCAGAGCCAUCAACCCAGAGCUUUUCAUCAAACCUAACAAACCAAUGAUGGCAUUUGGACUCCUGACUAUCUCUCUGUGUGUGGGAUACCUGGGGUAUCUUCAUGCUGCAAGAGAAAACACACAGGACUUGUAUGAAGCAGUUGACAGCGAUGGCACCAGUUACAUGAGGAGAAAAACUUCAAAAUGGGAUUAACAGAAUGGCAGAGACUUCACUUCGUGGGUUAUGACUUUGAUCAGUUUUUAGUUUGAAUUAAACCUGGAAUCAUUUAUUUCAAGGACUCCUUGUUAAGCUUUAUAUACAGACUAACUUGUGGAACAAAGAGGAAAUGCAUGUGUUACUUUAAUUCUCUGGAAGCAAUAAGAGUCAUACAGAGAAAAUAUAUCAUGUGAAUAAAUAGUGUAUUUAUUUCUG